GUGACGUCGGAGUGUCAACAUGCAAGAUGGCGGCCCAUCACCGGCAGAACACAGCCGGGCGGAGGAAAGUUCAGGUGUCCUAUGUUAUUCGAGAUGAAGUGGAGAAGUACAAUCGGAAUGGAGUCAACGCCCUGCAGCUGGACCCAGCACUCAACAGGCUCUUCACAGCUGGUCGAGACUCCAUCAUAAGAAUUUGGAGUGUCAAUCAGCACAAGCAAGAUCCAUACAUAGCAUCUAUGGAGCACCACACAGACUGGGUGAACGAUGUCGUGCUCUGUUGCAAUGGGAAAACACUGAUAUCUGCUUCCUCCGACACAACGGUGAAAGUCUGGAAUGCACAUAAAGGCUUCUGCAUGUCCACACUCAGGACACAUAAGGAUUAUGUAAAGGCCUUAGCAUAUGCGAAGGAUAAAGAGCUGGUAGCAUCGGCUGGGUUGGACAGACAAAUAUUCCUUUGGGAUGUGAAUACUCUAACAGCAUUGACUGCCUCAAAUAACACUGUCACAACUUCUUCUUUAAGUGGGAACAAAGAUUCCAUUUAUAGCCUGGCCAUGAACCAACUGGGAACAAUCAUUGUAUCAGGGUCCACUGAAAAGGUUCUAAGAGUGUGGGAUCCAAGAACCUGCGCGAAGCUUAUGAAGCUGAAAGGGCACACGGACAACGUGAAGGCGCUGCUGCUGAACAGGGACGGCACACAGUGCCUCUCUGGGAGUUCUGACGGAACCAUUCGCCUGUGGUCCCUUGGUCAGCAGCGGUGUAUAGCAACAUACCGAGUCCACGAUGAAGGUGUCUGGGCCCUCCAAGUCAACGAUGCCUUCACACAUGUGUAUUCUGGAGGGAGGGACAGGAAGAUUUACUGCACAGACCUGAGAAACCCUGACAUUCGGGUGCUGAUUUGUGAAGAAAAAGCACCAGUUCUCAAGAUGGAACUCGACAGAUCAGCAGAUCCUCCUCCUGCGAUCUGGGUUGCCACAACAAAGUCCACUGUAAAUAAGUGGACACUGAAGGGAAUCCAUCAUUUUCGAGCGUCUGGUGAUUAUGACAGUGACUGUACAAAUCCCAUCGCGCCCCUCUGCACACAGCCUGACCAGGUUAUCAAAGGGGGCGCUAGUAUCAUUCAGUGCCACAUCCUUAAUGACAAGAGACAUAUAUUAACCAAAGAUACAAAUCACAAUGUGGCGUAUUGGGAUGUGUUGAAGGCGUGCAAAGUUGAAGAUUUGGGCAAAGUGGACUUUGAAGAUGAAAUUAAAAAAAGAUUUAAAAUGGUGUAUGUUCCAAAUUGGUUCUCAGUGGACCUCAAAACAGGGAUGCUGACGAUUACUCUGGAUGAAAGUGACUGCUUCGCUGCCUGGGUUUCUGCAAAAGAUGCUGGCUUCAGCAGUCCUGAUGGGUCUGACCCAAAAUUGAACUUAGGAGGGCUUCUGCUACAGGCUCUCCUGGAGUACUGGCCAAGGACGCAUGUGACGCCCAUGGACGAGGAAGAGAACGAAGUAAACCAUGUGAGCGGAGAACAGGAGAGCCGAGUCCAGAAGGGAAAUGGGUAUUUCCAAGUGCCCCCACACACCCCUGUGAUCUUUGGUGAAGCUGGAGGUCGCACGCUCUUCAGGCUGCUCUGCCGAGAUUCCGGGGGCGAGACUGAGGCGAUGCUUCUCAAUGAGACAGUGCCGCAAUGGGUAAUUGACAUCACUGUGGAUAAAAAUAUGCCCAAAUUCAACAAAAUUCCUUUCUACCUCCAACCUCAUGCAUCUUCAGGAGCAAAAACUUUAAAAAAAGACAGACUCUCUGCCAGUGACAUGCUGCAAGUCCGAAAGGUGAUGGAACACGUCUAUGAGAAAAUUAUCAACCUGGAUAACGAGUCUCAAACCACCAGCUCUUCUAAUAAUGAGAAACCAGAGCAGGAGAAGGAGGAGGAUAUUGCCGUGUUGGCAGAGGAGAAAAUUGAACUUCUGUGCCAGGACCAGGUUUUGGACCCAAAUAUGGACCUUCGGACAGUAAAGCACUUCAUAUGGAAGAGUGGUGGAGACCUCACCCUCCAUUACCGGCAGAAGUCCACGUGAAGAGUGGGCCCAUGCUCCUAGGUUAUCCACCAAUCACCUUCCUCUGUGGCCCCAAGAGUAGUCCUAGGAAGCCCACCAAGCCCUAUGGGAGCAAGACCUCCAUCGGCCGAUUUGGUGAAGUGACUAAUCGAGAUGUAAUAUAUACGCCAGGCUCCAUGCAUAGAUUAAGGACUCAGAGCGCAAGGACAGAGGUACCCUGGCACUGUCCUGGGAGAUGUACAGAGUCUGCAGCAGGCCAGUACGCACUUGGUUGACUCCUUUGGAAGGACCCACCUUUGUCUCUUAGCACUUGUUAGAGAACAUCAGCAGACCGCAUCUGUCACCGUCUCAAACCCACAAGCUCUGCAGCUUUUCUCAGUACAUUCCACUCACACAGCACCUAUGAAGGCUUUUUCCAAAUUUGUCAUUACAAAAAAAGAAAAAAAAUCAAGUUGUUUUCACAACAUUAAGAGUUAUUUUUAAUGGGAAUCACUGUUGCACAAUUCAAGAGCCAGCCCAUUUCAUAAGCAGUGACCAUGUCGGGCUACUUUUGAAAUUCCGCAUCUCAGCUACGCCGGUACGGGAAGACCCGCAGUUCCAGGGCUGGCACGCAGCGCUUGGCUUGCAGGCAGCAGCCUGUGCUGAGCGGAGCGGCCCCAUAGUGCCCUGUCUGCACAGCAGCCACAUAGCUGUGGCCUGUCUCCUUCCUGUAGCGCCCAGUCUUCCUCACAGCAGAGCCAGCGGGAACCAUAGCUCCUGCCUGGGUGUGCAGCGUGAUGCUGUCAGAACUUAAGACCAUGCUGGAGUUUCAGUUUCAUUCAAAUGCUACCUAAGGUUUAUGUUACUAGAGUAAAAAAAUCUCACAGUGAGUUGGUUUGAUAUUUAUAUUGUGGUCUAUGUCUCUUUCUCCAGUUUUGUAUGCAGGCGUUUAUUAUACCUGCGUUACAUCUUUGCGCUCUUUCUAACAGUCGAAAGCUUUCACAGACUCACUUGGAUCUUGUACAGAAUAUUAACUUAUUGGGGAUAAACACUUCAGCUUUUGGCAGAAGAUACUUUGGAUUCUUCCCAAGGUCACUUACAUUCAGGCAGAUGAAUGGUGCACCCCAGGAAAGUGCAGAAGACAGCCGUGAGCACAGCCGGAAGCACCAGUGCCUUGAGAGGGCAGCCUACUCCGUCCCGUUGCCCUGCCUUGCGUGUGGUCUGUCCCCACAGGAGCCAGACGGGGCGCUGAGGAAGGAGGGCUUUUUUUCUUUCCUCCAUCCUCACAGGUUCUGCCGGGGCAGCCGAUGGGCUCAGGUCCAUCCCUUACAGAUUGAGGCAUUGAUCCGCAGCACAACUGCAAACGGGGAACUAACUGUGUUCUAACUGUGGAACCCUGACAUGCCAUGGCUUCCACACCCUCGAGUGAGCAAAGACGUUCUCCGGGCGUUCCUCCCUCAGAGCAACCGGCUUCUUUUUUACAGAAGUCCUUUUUAUCUAGUGUUGGACACAACAGUGCACUUUUGGUGCAUAUUUUUUAGUGAUAGUGUAAACUAAAAGCAAGGGGUGGGUGGGGGAAGCGCAGCCCCAUAGUGUGCAGGGCCCCUCUGCACUAAGCGUGGGCUUGCUGGCUCACUGGCCCAGUGCUGAGCCUCAGGCAGUUGUGCCCCUGUGGUGGAUUUUACCCCGAGCAUGGUUGUACUUCCCCCUCUAGUCAAAAGCCAGUAAGAAGUUUCCAGAAAAUUGGACAGCCUGCAAUGCCAAAAGGGUCAGUCUGCAUUUCGAGUUGUAUAGAAUAAAGCUUUAGUUAAAAUA